GCGACAGGAGCUCAGCCGUGGUAGAUUUCACGAGGCGGACAUUAGAUUAACACAACAAUCGUAUAUAAUUGUAAUAAAAUCUCGGAAAAAAGCGUGAUUUGAAAGAACUAGCCAAAAGGAACGAAAAAGAAAAACAAAAAAGAGAAGAGAGAGAGAGAGAGAGAGAGAGAAAAUAGAAUUAUAAUAUCAUAGAACAAAUAUCGAACGUGCUUUCGUGUCUAUUCGUUUCCGCGAUUUUUGUGAUUAGGCUAGCUUAGGAUCAGGUGUGUCAUCAUGAAGACUAUCCUUUCGAGGACUUUGAUCGUCGCUGUGAUUCUUGGGACAGGAGUAGUGGGAUAUCCUCCACAGGAGAGACUUAUGCCAGAUGGUGCACCGGUUCCCGAGGACGCUGUCGCCCACGAGGAUUCCAUGGCGUCCGCGUCGGAAACCGGGGAGGAUUAUGGGGAAGUCGAUGAUUCUGAUAUGUAUAUGGAGACCGAUGGCGCGGAAACGAUGACGGAUCGCGUCGAAGAAAAUCGUACGGAUAGGAUCGAAAUCGAUGGGACGACGAUGGCAAACGAUGAUAAACGUAAUGAAACGAGUAUAGAGGAAGAGAAUGCGAAUGAUCAGGAAACGAAAAAUACCGAAUUGUCGCCUCAAACUCGGCCAACCGAGACCGUUGAUAAAAGUUUAGAAACCGAAAGUCAAAACUUUUUCCCGUCGUUCGCUGAAUUAUUUAGCAAUCAAAGAUUACCGUUUACCGAUCAGCAACAAAGAUACAGGCCUAACAGGUUCCUGAGUUAUUUUCAACGGGAUCGUGGUGUAUAUCAAACAUCUUCGACGUCUUCCAAAGAGGUUCAACAUCCUCUUUUGGGUUCCGGAAAUUUCGGAGUUAUUCGUGGUGGAACUUAUUAUCCCGAAGAUAGGGAGAACGAGGAGUAUGCCGUCGAAGAUAGUCUUUAUAAUCCUUAUUAUCACGGUGCGACUGGUCGUGCUCGUGCCAAUUAUUAUAGGAACCCUAAACCGCAGCCGGUUCGUGGUGGAGAUUUCUUCGCGAACUUCCGCGAUUUCGCCGACAUCACGGCACCGCCGAAGUCGAGUUUCUCUCAUCUCUCUGUGGUUUACGCGAACAAGAAUGGCAGUACGACGGGACGUAUCACGGAACCUAGAAACAUCAUCGAAACUCUAAGGAUGUUGGAGGAAGAGGAACGUAAUAACGAAAUGGAAAUAACAACGACGGAAGUACCAAGGAAGAAGCUGAGCAAAGGAAAAAGGAAAUUGAUCAAGAUGAAACAAUACGAGGAGGACAAGGCGAGAAGAUCUCGCGUUACAGUCGAGCCUCUUUUAGCUUUGAGUUGAGAAUAGACUAUGUACUUAUUAGUGUGUACGUUUUAGGGGACGUUUUAGAAACUUUGGGGAUCGUUACGUCCUACGCGCAAGUAAUCUGGCCCUCGCGAGAUCGGCAACCAAAGUCACUCCAGUCCUCUUUUGAUUGUCGGAGGUAGCGAAAAUGCGUGUGAAAGUUGGUUCAGUCGCGUCGAAGGAGAUGAUAGCUUUUCCUUUUGUAUUUUUCUUUUUUUUUUUUGUCGUACAAUUGGUCUUUCCUCGAAAACGAUUCAACGAAACAAAACGCGAAAAAAUUUCGUUAUCGAUGAUAAAAAAUAUAUAUAUAUA